GUGAAGAAUGCACUCAAGGAAGGCAAGCCCGACGUUAUCUUGGCGGGAGCCGACGAGCUGCGAAUCUAUCCCGCCAUCAAGAACGGACGCUGGCUGGGAGCUAAUGACGAACUAGUGAAGCUACUGGAAAAUGGGGAAAGAACGCCUGAAGUCGAAGAAAUGCUGAAGGAAGAUCUGGAGCUGGAUGGCGUCGCCCCCAUUGGCGAGUGGCUCACGUCUUUAGGUAUGAUCGGGGAGCUAGCUCCAACUUGGGAUCAAAUCCACGCCUUGGUGGAUUUCCCA